AUGACGAGCUCGGCAACGGUGAACGGAAUGACAACCACUCAAUUGACACCACAGAAAGUCACUCCAACUUACACCGAUGCUCCAUCAACGAUUUGGGCGAUACGUGGCGGCAUUCAACCGUUGGCCACACCACGUUGCGGCUUCGAUGGAAACGAUUGUCCAUUGUCGGAUUGGCAACGAAGUGGCAUUUAUAUUUGCAUUGGUGGCGGGGUCCUGCUUUUAUUUGUUCUUUUCUUUUUCGUUGUUCUGAUCUACAUUUUCAGAGAGAAACGCAAAGAGGCCGCUCGUCGAGACGCCGAAUGGCAAAUUCCUUUUCUCACUUUGGAGAAACUCGGCAAAGCUAAAUCGCACGAAAGCCGAAGCAUGCACUCGUUGCACUCGAUGCGAUCCUCGAAAUCGUCUCACUCGAAAUUCUCGAUGAACAGCAAACAGGACACCGCUGACCUUGGAUAUUUUGUGCUAAACGAUGAACCUGUUUUUGCUUAUAAAUACAAAAUGAUGCCCCGGUUGAUCUUUGAAGACUUUGCCGAGUUCAGAAUGCUACGUAAGCUAGAACACGACAAUGUGCAUCGUUUUAUUGGAAUCUGUCACGAUCAUUCUCCGAUGAUGUCCAUUUGGAAAUUUGCCUCGAGAGGAACACUGGAGGAAGUGAUCGCGAAAGGAUCGAUGAAUCUGGAUGCUUUCUUUGCCAUGUCGUUGAUUCGAGAUCUCAGCGAAGGCCUUCAAUUCAUUCAUCGCUCAUUUCUCGGUGUACAUGGGAACUUGUGCUCUCGAACGUGUUGGAUUGACGAGAGAUGGCAAUUGAAAGUACAAGAUCGGAUGGUUGAGUUGGUGGAAGAGAAAAAGAAAAGUGACAUUCUUCUACAAAGGAUGCUGCCAAAACAAGUGGCCGAAAAAUUGAAAAUGGGUCAAUCUGUCGAGCCAGAAUCUUUCGAAAGCGUCACGAUUUUCUUCUCCGAUGUUGUCCAGUUCACUAAUUUGGCCGCUAAAUGUACUCCACUGCAGAUCGUCAAUUUGCUCAACGACUUGUACACGAUGUUCGACACGAUCAUUGAACAGCAUUCUGUUUAUAAAGUGGAAACGAUAGGUGAUGGCUAUCUGUGUGUAUCAGGUCUCCCCUACCGUAAUGGCAUUCAACAUGUUCGUGAAAUCGCCGAAAUGUCGCUGAGCUUUUUGACCGUGGUACAGGCAUUCCGGAUUCCCCAUCUCCCAUCCGAAUCGAUCAAUCUUCGAAUCGGAAUGCAUUCGGGCUCUUGUGUAGCUGGGGUUGUCGGUUUGGCUAUGCCAAGAUAUUGUCUAUUCGGAGACACCGUCAACACAGCUUCCAGAAUGGAAAGCAACGGGAAACCUGGUCGAAUUCACAUCUCUGGCGAAGCGGAGGCUCUGUUGAGACAAGUGGGAGGAUAUGAGACAGAAACGAGAGGAGAAGUCAUCAUCAAGGGCAAAGGCGUGAUGGAGACUUUUUGGUUGAACGGUCGAUCAUCGACUGGAUCCUCUCACAAUCAGCCUCGUCUCUUAAGCCGCUCCUCACCCCUCCAAACAUCCACAAAUACUCGUCUCUUCCAUUCUCGUGAACCUACUCCCCCAAUGCAAAAUGAGAGGUCAAUGAAAUCAACUCAUCAACCAAUUCUACCCAAUUAUGAUGAGGCUGAAGGAAUGUAUCGAAAAGCGAAUCCGAGAAAAAACAGC